AUGCGCCGUUCGGAAGGACGCCUCCAUUUUCUCUGAGCUCGGGGAAGCCGGCGGCGGCGGCGCAUGGAGGGGAGCCGCAGCCGUUCUCGACAGGCUUUGUGGGUAUUCCGGCGGGGGGAUCCUCUGAGGCGGCGGCGGCGGCGGCGGGGUUCUGCUGCUCGAGGAGCUUCUCCUCCAAGUUUCUGAGAGACGGCGGAGGGUCGCCGCUGCAGUACCUCCGCCAGAGGCGGCGGUAGGUGGCCUCCAGGCCGGAGGUGAACUUGGCCCCGUCGCAGACUGGGGACUUAAGCAUGAGCUCCCGGAGACCCAUCCGCAGUUCGGAGAGGGACGCGACGUCUGA